AUGUUCUCCGCCGGCCUGAGGCAGUUUGCUGGCCGCAACCUCUCCCGCAGCACAGCACGCAACUUCUCCUCGACGCCGCGAGCAAACCGCAUAAUCACCAGCGCGCCACUGCGAGCGAAGGAGGCAUCGGGAGCCAUUGGACACAAGUACCCCGUCAUUGACCACGAGUACGAUGCGUUGGUCGUCGGUGCAGGAGGCGCUGGACUGCGAGCAGCAUUCGGUCUCGCAGAGGCAGGUUUCAACACAGCGUGCAUAUCGAAGCUCUUCCCCACGAGAUCACACACCGUGGCCGCCCAGGGUGGUAUCAACGCUGCGUUAGGAAACAUGCACGAAGAUGACUGGAGAUGGCACAUGUACGAUACUGUCAAGGGAUCCGACUGGCUGGGCGACCAAGAUGCUAUCCACUACAUGACAAGAGAGGCGCCCGCAUCAGUGUACGAGCUCGAGAACUACGGCUGCCCAUUCUCGCGAACAGACGAUGGCAAGAUCUAUCAGCGUGCUUUCGGUGGACAAUCGAGAGAGUUUGGCAAAGGUGGACAGGCAUACAGAUGCUGUGCUGCCGCAGAUAGAACCGGACACGCUCUCCUGCACACGCUUUACGGCCAGUCGCUUAGACACAACACCAACUACUUCAUCGAGUUCUUUGCCAUCGACCUGAUCAUGGAGGACGGCGAAUGUAAGGGUGUCAUUGCCUACAACCAGGAAGACGGCACUCUCCACCGUUUCCGCUCGCACAACACUGUCCUGGCAACCGGUGGUUACGGUCGUGCUUACUUCUCUUGCACAUCUGCCCACACAUGUACUGGAGACGGAAUGGCCAUGGUCGCCCGUGCCGGUCUGCCAAACCAGGAUCUCGAGUUCGUACAGUUCCACCCAACUGGUAUCUAUGGUGCUGGUUGCUUGAUCACCGAAGGAUCUCGUGGUGAGGGAGGCUACCUCCUGAACAGCGAGGGUGAGCGGUUCAUGGAGCGUUACGCACCAACUGCUAAGGAUCUCGCAUCUCGUGACGUGGUCAGCCGAAGUAUGACAAUGGAGAUCCGUGAAGGCCGCGGUGUUGGCCCAGACAAGGACCACAUCUACCUCCAACUUUCCCACUUGCCACCCGAGAUCCUCCACGAGCGUCUUCCAGGUAUCAGUGAGACUGCAUCCAUCUUCGCCGGUGUCGAUGUUACCAAGCAGCCUAUUCCUGUCCUCCCAACAGUCCACUACAACAUGGGUGGUAUUCCAACCAAGUACACUGGUGAGGUUCUCACAGUGGACGACAAGGGCAACGACAAGGUUGUGCCAGGUCUGUUCGCUUGCGGUGAGGCUGCUUGCGUGUCCGUCCACGGUGCCAACCGUCUUGGUGCAAACUCGCUGCUCGACUUGAUCGUCUUCGGUCGUGCCGUCAGCCACACCAUCCGUGACAACUUCUCGCCCAACCAGCCACAUAAGGAGAUGCAGAGUGAUGCUGGCUCCGAUGCCAUCGGUAUGGUCGACCACGUCCGAACUGCUGAUGGACCAAUGAGCACCAACGAGAUCCGAUCCAACAUGCAGAAGGUUAUGCAGUCAGAUGUCUCCGUGUUCAGGACACAGGAAUCGCUUGACGAGGGUGUAACGAAGAUGCGUGAGGUUGACCAGCAAUGGCACCAAGUCGGUACCAAGGACCGAAGCAUGAUCUGGAACAGUGACCUCGUGGAGACACUCGAGCUCCGUAACUUGCUCACCUGCGCCGUUCAGACCGCAGAGUCUGCCGCCAACCGCAAGGAGUCGCGUGGCGCACACGCCCGUGAAGAUUACCCAGACCGUGAUGACGAGAACUGGAUGAAGCACACCCUCUCAUGGCAGAAGAAGCCCCAUGAGAAGGUUGAGCUUGGCUACCGAGGAGUUGUAGCCAACACACUGGAUGAGAGCGAGUGCAAGGCGGUUCCACCGUUCGCAAGGAAGUACUAG